ACACGUGUUGUGACCCGUGUUUCGUUUGUAAACCGGCAGUGUUUUAUCUUCUACGUAAAUUUAUCUUCUACUCGUGGGCCCUUAGAAAUGCCCGAUAAAAUAAAAUUUGGUGAUGUUGGGAGCGACUACGAACCAUCCGAAUCGGAGGGCGAGUACAGUGAAGGCGAGCGGGAAAUACUGAAAAAUGUACGCCGCAGGGGUCGUGACCAGUAUGCCGAGGCCGAACAGGAGGAAGCUAUACUUGCCUUCGAUGAAGAUGAGGACGAUGACGACGAAGAACCAGAUUUCGAUGAAAUACGAAAGUUUGAGCACGACAGCGACAUCGAAGAUGGCGGUGACGAGGAUGAUCUGCCCGAUCGGCAUGCUUGGGGUUCGAAAGCUAGCGCGUUCUACGGGACGGGCUACACGGAUCGUGAUUACGAUACGCUCACCGCCCAAGAGGAGGAGUUGGCCCAGCUGGAAGAAGUCGAAGCUUUGGAGAUCCAAAAACGGUUGAUCCAAGGUAUGACCGCCGAAGACUUCCAGCUCGAUCUGCUCGUUCCGACGGAGGAUGGAAAACCCACCGAAGAUUCGGAGCAACCGGAGGAAAAGGCGAAGAAAAAGAAACAGAAGGACCGCAAAACGGAUGGCAAAGGUGUCGAUGAGAUCGUUAUCAAAGGAGAUCUGUCUGAUUUGAGCGAACGCCAGCAGCGGGAACUAUUUCGUAAAGAUGCGCCCGAAUUUGAGGGUUUGGUAAAUGAUUUCUCCACCCGCAUGAGCGCUUGCGUGGAGAUGGAACCUGUGUUGGAGCUCCUGAAAGAGCAGAACAAACUGCAGCAUCCGUUUGGACAGCUGUUGACGAAACGGUACGAACUCGGCCUGUUGUACUGCAAUAACAUAAACUUUUACGUAUUGCUAAAAUCCCGCAAGGUGCACAUUCGGAACCAUCCACUGGUGAAACGAUUGCUACAGUUAAAGCGGCUCGUGCAAGAGGUCGAACAAAAGUACGAGGAGAGUAUCAAACCGCAGGCGGAUGAGUUACUAGCCGCACUGGCCGACGGUGUGGAAAUCAAUUUCCACGAUGACGACAACCGAUUGGCGCGCAAUGGUAAGGGAACGGAAAAGAAGGGACGCCGGUUGAAGGUGCUCGAACGGUUGGAAGAAGGAUCGCAGUCGGACGACGAUGAAGAUGACGGAGGAUUUGAUGAGGAUAGCGAUGCGGAGGAAUCGAGAGCCAAACGAUUCAAGCUGGAUGCCAACGAGAGCGAUUCCGACGAUGCUAAUGAAGAACAGGACGAAGAUGGUAUUGAACGAGGCGCCGACGUUGAGAUGGAGCACGAAGAAGACGAGGAUAAGAAGCGUAAAAUUACCUACCAGAUGGCCAAGAACAAGGGCCUAGCGGCACGCAAGCGAAAGGACCAACACAAUGUACGUGUGAAGAAUAAGCAGAAAUACCGCAAGGCCCUUAUCCGUCGCAAGGGCGCCAUCCGACCGGUGCGCAACGAAUUGAAACGAUACGCGGGCGAAACAAGUAUCAAAGCAUUCGUUAAGCGUGGUAUUAAAAUUAAGUAACU